UUUCUCUACCGAAGAAUGCCUGUCAUCAGGACGCAACUGAGGCCAAUGAAGGGAGACAUCAAUGGACAUAAGACAAUAACUUUGACGGCUUCCAUAGUCGAGGAGGAGAUGCAGGACCUAUCAGACUGCAAGAUGCAUUAUCCCUUGAGUGAAACCGAACGCAAUGCCCUUAAGACGCGCGACGGCAAGCGCGUCACGCCACAUCGGUGGGCAGUAUAUGAUUUCACUAGAACAAUUCCUUGUGGUCGUGUUACGACGUACAAGGAUAUUUGCGUCGCUCUCGGACAAGGAUCGCCACGAUCAGUUGGUUCUGCGCUUCGAAACAACCCCUUUGCUCCGUUUGUACCUUGCCACCGCAUCAUCGCAUCAAAUCUGUACAUUGGUGGAUUCUUCGGUGAGUGGGGCACAGGCGCCAAUGCAAGAGGUGGACAGAAGAACACUGGUUUGCAGUGCAAUAGAAAGACGGAGAUGCUGGCAAAGGAGGGCGUUGAGUUCUCUGCAAACGGGUAUCUUGCAGAUGAGUCUCUACUGUGGGCCGCCAGAGGCUGACCUCUGCGUCACACCACAGUCCGCUGUUAGUAUCACUGACUAUGUCAUGACCCUAGCCUUAGUGGUUACAAGAAUAUAUAUGCAUUACUGUU